AUGAACCCCGGAGUCGCAGGAGCUGGCGUUCCCUCGUCAAAGUCACAGGACCCCAUCAUCAACACCAAGAUAGCCGAGUUCACCAGACUCCGCAAGAUCAUUGCAUCCGGUAACAAAUCCAUUGAAUACCGCUUAAGAUGGGUCAAGAUGCUCAUGACCGCCACCAACUUCAAACUCUACGCCUACAUCAACAUAAAAGGAGAACCUAUCCCUCCAGAACAAGCAGCAUUCAACAAGACGCUCUUUGUCAAGUCGUCAGUGACACAUCUUGUCAAGCUUCUUCGCGAGUUUGAGGCUGGAAAGGACAGACACUUGGACGUCAAGCACGAAGUGUACUUCAUCUACGCAUGUCUCUUGAAGAGCGACUACCACACCUCGUACAACCAGGACUUCGGCAUCCCUAAAAACAUUCCUGGAGCCGUGGAGUACUUCGAGAAGUGUUUGGAGUUGCAUCCUACCGAUUUCAAGACCAUGUACAAGUUGGGAGACAUCUACGAAUACGAGUUGGACCAGUUCGACCGUGCCUUGGAGUACUACAAGCAGUCAGCCAAGGGCUACAACAGAGCCAUCUACAAGAUCUCGUUAUUGUACUUGAAUGUGCCAGAAAUCCGCAACAUCAAGUUCUUGAGGUACCUCGAGGACUUGAGCAACAUCGAUCCACUCGACAUCAGAUUGGACCCCGAGGAUAAGGAGGACUUGGAAGAAGUCAUCGGUUUGGCGUGCUACCAGUUGGGUCGCGUUUAUGAGGGCAUAUAUCCGGGCGACUUAACCAGCAACGACGAGUUUGUGCAGCGUGCAUUGGAAUUGGCACCUGUCAACUACGCCAAGAGUUUGACGUAUUACAACAAGUCUGCCAAAUUGAACUGCUUGCUUGCCCAGGUCAAAUUGGGGCUGAUCUACGAGUUCGGAGAGUUGAACCGUCCCCAGAACGCCAACAAAUCCAUCCAAUGGUAUUUGCGUGCGGCGUCGUCGCCACUUCCAUUCAAGCGCCAUCCUGACGCAAUGUUGGGGUUGAGUCGUUGGAAUGUCAUUGGCUCGCAGGGGGUAUCCAAACAUGUGCCCAUGCCAAAUCCCGAUAAGGCAGUGAUGUGGUGUGACAGGGCCUUUAAGGAGUUUGGUUCUGCCGAUGCUGCUUUCUACAUGGGGGAAUUGACUGAAAUGGGGGUCUGUCCCGGGGAUCCCACUCCAUGGUACACCCGGGCCUACGAGAUGGGCCACCCGGAAGCAUCUGCAAAGUUGGGCUUUGCUUGA